CUAAAAGUUAAUUAGCCCAACACAGUGCAAGGGCAUACAGUAGGCUUUCGCGGAGGGUCAGUGCUGGAUGGGACCAAACCUUUCCUGAGUUACGCUUCUGCUGCUUUCUGCAAUCACCUAGACUCCAAGGGAGGGCUAGAUGAAUUGUGAUUCAUUGGUCGUGAUCAGCUUCUCUUCUUGGAGCCAGUUAAUGGUUUGAGCGUUGAGGGGCUUUCUGGCACUGGGAAUUAUCACAAGGCAUCACCAUGACACUUCUGGGGUCUGAGCAUUCUAUGCUGAUUCGGAGCAAAUUCAGAUCAGGUAGGGCUAACUCGGCAAGAAUUUCUCCUAAAACUUUUCUCUACUACAAGCCUCAGCUGGAGGCUGUUUCUUAUUAAGCAGCAUGCAAGUAAAAUACCCAGGGAGUCGUAAAGCUGUCAUGGGCUCGCUCUCACAGAGGCUACUCUGCAAAUGAAGAAAUGCGUUUUCCUUUCUGUCUGCUCCCUCUCUUUCUGCUCUUUCCCUACUUACAAUUUAUGUCUGUGGCGUAGCUUACUAAAAAACAAACAAACCCAAACGCUCUACAAUUCUGAGUUCUCCACAUAUUUGAAUGAGAACUGAACCAAAUAUCCAUAAGGGCUGUUAUGACAAGCAGUAGAUCUCCUCCCAUCCAUACAAGUCAGAUGCUGUCCUGUAUAUCCUAGCUUGAUGCUUUACUCCAGCAUCCAGGCAGGCAGCCUUAGGGUUCUGUGACUAAUUGGACAAACAUGAAUUUGCAGAAAGGCAUCGAUUUUUUUUUUAGAAGUACAAAAAACAAAUGGAACAUGCAAAGUAUUUAAAAUGACAUCACCAGAGAAAUAUAGCUAGAGCCAAACGACUGAUUGCCAUUUUCUAAAGCUUUGCAACAAAAAAACAUGUACCAGAUCUCCAGAGUGUGUUGAAGCCCCAUUAGGGGCAUCUUCUUUGAGGACAUCCAACGUGAAUAAAGGUGAGUAAUGGUGAAUAAAGGCAGGAGACAGUCACAUAGAAAUCAGUCCUAUUGCAAGCUUAGGGUCACAGCAACUUUAGAUAAAUUCAGCAUUGUAUAGUGUGUGUUCUUGUGUGCAUGCUUGUGUUUAUACGUUAUUCUUAUUGGGUUUGGCUAUACCAAUUAUUAUUUUAAAUAGCAUUAUUUUAAAUAGCAUUAUUGUUUUAAAUAGCAUCCGAGUUGUUGCUGCGUGCAUCCAGUGAAUGUACUGCAUAAUCACGUUCUCCUGUAUGUUUCACCCAUUCCAGAAUGUCACCCACUCAGCUUGGGGAAGGGUGGCGGUUUUUGAUCUCUAGUACACCAGAGAUAACGAGAAGAUCAGAAACUUAUCGUACUGUUGCUAAUCCACUAGGGUUUUAUGAAGACGUUUGAGGCAGCUGGGUGGUCAUUUGCAGUGUUUGCUUAGAAAAUAUAAAAUUGGCAGCUAGUUGAAAACUCCAGAGUUGUAUGUACAAAUGAAGAGACUCUGGCUGGCUGGGGUUCUACACAGUUUGGGUCCAGUACUUUGCUGUGGUUUCUCUAUCACUGUAAUCACAUUUCAUGAGAAUAAGUCAUUCCUCAGAAUCCAUUGGUGUAUUAUGGUAAUGGUACAGUGCCAUUCACUGGAAAGAAGAGGGCUUGCUCUCUAACCCAGUAAUCCCAAAGCAAUACUGCCACCUUCCUGAAGUGAGGAGGACACAAGGGGGAUGGUUCUCCAGGCCAUUGCAUUCUUUUACAGUGAGCCAGUAUUGUUUUUAAGACUCAUUUUGGUGUUAUUUUUAAAGACGGGGUGUUGGGGGUUGAGAGAUUACAGAGUUGAUGGUAGGAUCGCAUAUUUUUCAAAUGAUUCUAACCUAAAAGUAAACUUCAUGACUCUUUUAGUCCCAUAAAUUUUGUUUCUUUUAGAGUUUCUAACAGAGUCGCUUUGUAGGGGCACUCUUCCAAUCUCUUUCCCACAUUUUAAUUACCACCUCUUUGUCUUGGGGUGAAGAAAUACAGGGUGCUGUUGUGACUGUUACCCAUCUUAUUUUGGUGCUACUUUUAUGAAAAAACGUUUUCUUGUAAGUAGAAACCUGUCCACAUUGAUCCUUACAGUUAGCAUUUUAGAAUAUUAGUAUAGCACUAAAAAUGGGGCCACAGCAGCAGCAGGAAACGGUUAGAAUCCCAAGGAUAUUCCCAUAGACUCCCAAGCUACAGGGCAGAUGUGUUUGAGGGUCACUUGCAUAUUGAGUGCAAUAAACUGAAAAGUGUUAAUUUUAAAUAAAGGGUUUAAACAUAAGAGCGUCUUUGCUCUGGUGUCUCUUGCAUGAUACACAUGGUGAUCAAACACUAACCUUGAUGUUUAAAGAGGAUAGGCCUUAGCUGCAGCAUGGAAAUAGAGCACAAGUCCUUCAUGUCGAUUUGUACUUCAUCCCAAAUUUUCCAAAAUGGAAUUGUAGCACUACAUAAGCAGAAUGCUUAUUGCGUAUAGUACUUUGUAUAAUAAAUAUAGUCAGUAUAUGAAUUUCUUACCACUGUGUUUGAUGGGGAUUACUCCCCAAAAAGUGUACGUAGGAGAGCAGCCUUUGUUUGAGGUACAGGUGGGAAGUUGUCGCUAGCGUUAACCAUUGUAGGUGACAAAAAUUAUGGUUUCUGUAUGUACAGUUACCGUACAUAAAAUGCAUGAUACAGUAUCAUAGACUUACUAUCAUGGACUAUUUCUACUGCCAAUAUAAAUGAUACAUAAACAUCCUACAUGAGAAUAUCGGCAAUGAACGUAUACAGACUGAAAUAAGCCAUUAGCCGUGGUUCUUUCAUCAGUUCAGGCGUGUACAUUGCAAUCCUACCUCCGGUGACCUAUUUAGAGCACGUACUGAGGACCUCCUUUGAAUUAUAGUUUGGAGACCUGCGAAUAUUACCAUGAUCUUCAUCCAAGGACGUAACCAUUUUCUUGUAAGCUUUGGUAACCUUUCAGCUCAAACUACUGUAUUGCGCUAUGUAGGCAUCUGCCUUAGGACUUCUGUUGCUUUAAAAUGUAGCAGCUCACCUAGUCUGGGGCUGAUCACAGAGCUGCCAUGCCACUAAUUCUAGGUGAGCUCUGCAUGUUACCUACAUGUUUCCUGGCCAAAUUCAAAGUGUUGAUUGUGACAUUUAGAAACCUACACGGUCCUGGCAUUUUUAAGGGAAUGUUUCCCCCCAUAUUUACCUGUUCCUGGAAUUAGGCUAAAGUGGAAAAAUGCUGCUUCAGUUGCCACCAUCUCCUGGGGUAAGGUUGUCCCCUACCAAGCAUAAGGCUUUAUCUAGCCUCGUUCACACAUCACAGUGAGCCGAACUAUAGCUUACUAGGAUCACAGAAGCACUUGUAAAGGAGCUCACUUGCACUUUUCUCCUCACCAAUAUAUUUUUUUUUACUCCCAUAACACACUGAAAUAAGCCACGGUUUGGCUUAGCAUGUAACCCGAUUUCGGGCCCUUGGUUACGCUCUGUCCUUGCUAACCAGAUGUUGCAGCCAAGGUUUGCUCUUGUGCUUUCAAAAUGAUGGCUGUAUAGUUUUAAUGAAUGUUGCAAGCUGUUUUGCAUGCCUAUGACUGAAAAAGUGUGUUGUUCUAACAGCAAGUAAAUAAAACAAAGUAUAAGUUAAAGGUAAAGGGACCCCUGACCAUUAGGUCCAGUCGUGGCCGACUCUGGGGUUGCGGCGCUCAUCUCGCUUUUUGGCCGAGGGAGCCGGCAAACAGCUUCCAGGUCAUGUGGCCAGCAUGACUAAGCCACUUCUGGCGAACCAGAGCAGCGCACGGAAACGCCAUUUACCUUCCCGCCAGAGCGGUACCUAUUUAUCUACUUGCACUUUGACGUGCUUUCGAACUGCUAGGUUGGCAGGAGCAGGGACCGUUGCGGGGAUUCAAACCGCUGACCUUCUGAUCAGCAAGCCCAAGGCUCUGUGGUUUAACCCACAGCGCCAUAGUUUUUCAUAUAAUCACAGGUUGCAUACAUACCAUACAUUUAAAGCACCUCCACCCCCCAAAAAAUAGAAUCCUGGGAACUCUUGUUUACGCCUAACAGAAAUUCCCAGCACUCUUAACUAUAGUUACCUUUGGGAGGAAAUGUGCUUUACAGAGUUGGAAGGGUUCUCAAAGGUAAACUAGUCCAACUCUAUUACUAAUCAUUCCCACUAGCUGGUCAUCCAGCCUGCUCUUUUGCAUAGCGUUCUGCCAAGGGAGGGGGGGGAGAUAAGACUUGUUUACAUUGAAAACUUGCGCCUUCAAGUGAAACUUAUGGUAAAACAAGCCACUGCUCUGAGUGGAGUAUAAAUCUAAUAUGUCAAAAAUCUUCAGCGAUGUUGCAGGCAUGUUCUCCCCUCCCACUUCCUUCUGAGUUAAGAGACUAGGAUUUGUGUGUAUGUUUAUUUUGUCUAUUUUACCAAAGAUAAAUAUACAAACCUGAGGUCAUCCUGACAAAUUCCACAGAAACAAUGAUUCUUUUUGCCUGCCUUCCAAAUAUCAAUGGAAUUGCCUUAAAUCAAAUAGGACAAAGCACGAGGAGUUGGCCUAAGAAUUCUCUUGCUAAGUGUUUAACUCUUCCCAGGAAACACUAUCCAUGGCAUUGUGUCUCCAAAAAAUACAAAUCCAUAUGUUAUUGGAGUGCUGUAAAUGGAAGUCAUUAAACUCCUUUAGAGGUCAUCUCUCACUUGCUUGGCCAUCAGUGAGGGGACAGGUUGGGUAAGUUGCCACAGUCUGAUUGUCUGCAUAAGGAAAUGUCACUUCCCAGGCCCACUGCCUCAGCCUUACUGGGUAACUUCAGAGAUGGGGCUCCAGAGUCUAGCAUAAAAUAGCUGGAGAAUCUUAAAAGUUCUACUGAAAAAUGAUUGUUUGUUGGAAGUGAUACUUGAUGGUUUGUAGAUAACAGAGAUCUCUGACUUCCAGUGGAGCCAUAAUGGGAAAAGUGGGUGAGCUGGGCCACUGGUAUAUCAAUAACUUAGUGUUGAUGGCUCAAGAGCAUCAAGAUAGUGAAAUGUUGAGAUGAAAUGAGUCUGGGUGUUACUGGUGUCUUAUGCUAUGAAUCCCAUUUUGCACAAUGCAGACUAGGAGUCCAGGGCUGGCUGAGAGUGUUUUGUGCCCUAGAACUUGUAAUUGCAAAAGAUACGAGGUGCAAUUUGUUUUCGUAUGGAGAGCUCAAAGCAGCACAAGAGUCCAUAUUUACUGCUUCUGCCUGGUUUGAGUGACCCUUAAAUUGCAAAAUCCCAGGUGUCUACCUGUAUGAUAGAGUUGCUCUCCCAUGCUCAUCUUCAAGUGCAACAGAUGUGUAAAUUAUUAAAAAAUACCGGUACAUCUGUACUCCAUCUCCUUUAGCCUGAGUAUCUAUGAGGCAGUGGGGAGAGACGUAAGAACUGGAGGUGCUGAUUUCAUAGUCUAGCAAUUCAGAUUUGGGUUAAAUGUUAGAGCAAGUGUCUUCUUAAACGCCUAGGGUUAAUGUAGAGUUUUUGUUUUAAAAUUACGAACCUGGUAGGGGAUCUUUUAGCAAUAAGACAUUGUAGUUGGAGUAAAGAUCCCUCUAAUGUUACGGAGAGGAAUAAUCAAUUAAAUACAGUAUUUGAAGGUUAGAGACAUCUGAUGAAAAGAAUGAGCAACAUGUGAAGUUAAGAGUAAAUGCUGUUCUUUCAAUUAUCACUUUUGGGGUUCUAAAAAUCAGAGUUGGUGGUUUUAUUUUACACUCUGAAUUUCAAUAAUUAUAUUUUUUUUACUGGAAUUCUUACUGUAGAUUCCCCCCACCCCCAAUACAUUCUGCCCACUCCUCAAAGUACAUUGAGGUCCUCAAGGUAGGCUAAGACUGUCUGAUUUUCUUUUUUAUCCCCACUUAUCUUGUCCAUGAUUAUGUCAGGGUUGUUUCAGAUGCUCAAGGAGAAAGACAACCGAUUUAUAAGGUGCGGAGGGUAUUGUAGAUAAUGUAGAAAAGUAGCAGCCAUCCCUACAUUGCCAAAACUGUAAUCUAAGAGGUGCAGCUAUUUUUUGGUGGUGGUGAGAUGUUGCAUACAUUACAGGGAGGAAUGAAAUACACAUACUGUAAAGAAGGCAACUGGAAUACUGUUCAGGAUUUACAUACAGAUUCUUAAAGAUUUCUAUUGCUCACCCCACAAGAACACACUUACCUCCACCUUCUGACCAAUUAAGAAAUACCGUAUUUUUCGCUCUAUAAGACGCACCAGACCAUAAGACGCAACUAGUUUUUGGAGGAGGAGAACAAGAAAAAAAAUAUUCUGAAUCUCAGAAGCCAGAACAGCAAGAGGGAUCGCUGCGCAGCGAAAGCAGCAAUCCUCUUGCUGUUCUGGCUUCUGGGAUAGCUGCGCAGCCUGCAUUCGCUCCAUAAGACGCACACACAUUUCCCCUUACUUUUUAGGAGGGAAAAAGUGAGUCUUAUAGAGCAAAAAAUACGGUAACCUCUUGAAGUAUUGAUAAUUCAUUCUCUCUUUCAACUGCUGAUCUAAUAAUAGAAGAAUACAUAAUUUUGAGUGAACGGACAAGAUGAAAUUUUUUUUGGCCUGUUUGUUUUGUGUACCUCUGGAGCUUAUAUCAAAGAAUUAUUGGUCUGCAAGGCGGUAGAUGAUUUUCAAACCCAGCCUCUUGCCUCAAAGCAGAAACCUUCAUGCCUCAAAUAUAUACAUUACUGUAACGGCUAUUAGAGAUCCUGGGUUUGUUCAUAUUAGAUUAACAAUAUACACAAGCAUCUUAUCUAGGUUCAUCCUUAAUUAUGAGGUGGAGUGUCCAAAUUAGUCACACUUCUGUGACCUAGGACCACCACAAGAUCUCUGAGGGAUGAAAUUAACUGAGCAAAAAGAGUUAAUUUGUGCCUUGUUAGCGAACUCCAAAUAGCUGUGGAUUAAAUGUCAGCUGGGCUUGACCAACUGUACGGCAGCUUUGUUGCUUAGGAGCAAACUUCAAAUGUGAGUGACCCAUACAUUUUACUCCCUACCCAAACACACUGGCAAGUUGCCUUAGCCAACAGAUCUGUGGGGUCAGGCUAACUUCUAUGAAGAGAUUAUGAGUUGAUAGCUUAGUGAUGCCAGUGUAGCCUGUAUUUUUUUCAUACUAGAAGCAAUGAAACAAUGAUUGCAUGUCCUGCCUACUAUUUCUGUAACAGCCAGUUUAUGUUUGUGAAAUAAGCACAGGCCUUGUUUUAAAAACCCAUCAGGAAAAAGAAGCCAGAUCUAUAAAGUAUUUUCCAGUGGGCAUCUUCACAACAUGUCCAUUCAGUAGUAAUUGCCAGUGGGUCAUUUGUGGAUAUAAACAAGGAUUCCAUCUUAUUGCUGAAGUGUUAUCCACAGUAAGUUUCUACGAAACAUCCCUAUAUGCACUUUAUUUAAAAAACAAUCAAUCGUCUAUCAUAUCAUUGCACUUACCUCUUUACCAAAUACAUACAAUAUGGAAAAGGCUUUAUUCUGGACCUGUGCUUAAAUGUUUUUGGUGUUAAUUUUCAUUGUAUCGAAGUACUUGCUAGUUCUGUUACUAGUUCUGUUGGCUGAUAGCACACCUGCUAGUUGAGAGCAGAGGAAAGAAAUCAGUUCAAUGUCUUCCAGUGAUUGCUAUUUAUCCCUAUUUGUCCAUUCUUCUUCAGUUGGGUAACUUCUGUAUCUUUUUAUUGUGGGCCACAUUCCCUCAGGAACAUUUUCCAAGGGUCUGCAUACCAGCAGUGGGUGGGGCUGGAGUCAGCACUGGGCAGGGUCAGAGCCAAAAAUCGAUCCCCCUUUCUCUCUUUUUGCCACCCCACUUUCUCUCUUGGUUUUUCCUCUUUUUGUGACUUUUGCUGUUCUUUAGAACACAAACACUGCAAGCAAAAUCCCAAUCAUGAAAUUAGGCAUUAAAUAUCAGCUUUAUUUUAAAAAAAUAAAAUCAGUAGUACCUGUAGGGUUGCCAUAUUUUGAAGAACAAAAAAAGAGGACACAUUUGCAGAUUUCUACUUUUAACUAUGGAUCGCUAGGACGACUCUACCCAUGAAAAAGAAGGCGUAUCCUGGAAAAAAGGACAUAUGGCAACCCUAACAUUGGAGCAACUCAUCCGUAAAAAGAAAUGCUUUACAACAGGGACCAGCAAACUUUUUUGUCCCUCAGACCUUGUGGAGGGUCAGACUAUAUUUUGGGGGGGCAGGAAUGAAUGAAUUCCUGUGCCCCACAAAUAACCCAGAGAUGCAUUUUAGAUAAAAGCACACAUUCUACUCAUCUAAAAACACGCUGAUUCCUGGACCGUCCACAGGCUGGAUUUAGAAGGCGACUGGGCCGGAUCCGGCCCCUGGGCCUUAGUUUGCCUACCCAUGCUUUACAACUUUGCAUUUCAGGCAUUUUAAACACCUGGGAUUCCAAUACUCUGGUGUGUCUUCUUGGGAAACAAAUUCCGUUGAAAUUCCUGGGGCCUAUUAUUUCCAGGGAAAUGUGUUUAAGGUGCAGAUCUGACAUUCUUAACCACUGAAAUUAAAGGAUGUAAUUGGAUUAUGUGGUGGCAGCCAUUCAUCCAAGCCUGUCUUCCAGACUGUGGAUACUGGGCUUUGCAGCGAACGGGGAGUAUUUUGAUGCAUUGGCAGUUAAGUUUUAGUGGCGUCAAAGCUUUGCAUCUGGUUCCUGAGACCACAUGAAACAGGCCAUGCUUUCCAAAAAGCCCAGACCUUUGGGAGCUGCCUCUUCCGCCUCUCUAUCUCUUUCCUCCCAUGUUCUCCUGCCGAAGUGACAUCUCUUAAGUGUGCAAGUUCCUUGACUAGCCCUGAUUAAAGCAGCACGCAAACAGAUGCUUUAAUCCCUCUAUAGUGCUAAGUCUGUGCAAGCAUAAACAAAUCAUGAGAGCUUUUCAAGAGGGUGCUGGUGCCCCAAGGAAGCCAUUUGUCUCCAGUGCUCAUUUCUUAGAGAUUGUUUGUGGAAAUUGGAGGGUUUCCCCACCCAGUUCCUCAGAGCUUGUUCUGAUGAAAAAGACAAGCUUCGUGUUCUUCACAACCCAGUAUUGCUGAUUUAAAGGCUGAGACCCUCUAACAUAUCCGACAGGUUAAAUCUUUGAUCCAUUAGCUAAUUUGUUAAAGGGCUGAAUGGUGUCUUUUAAAUUAUCUGAUAAGUCACUGGUACAGGACCUAAUUCCAGCAAAGAUGAGGACAUUGCCAACACGAAUGAAGUAUCAGAUGCAUUUGAAUGGUUAUGAAAAUCUGACACUAUUGUAGAUUUCUUUUAGAAUACAUUUUACAUAGAAGAGAAAUGAAAUAUUCUCUCUCUUUCUCUCACUCACACACACACACACACACACACACACAAAAUGUUUUGUAUAUCCUAUUGAGAUAAUAUGUAUUUUUGUACAUAUAUAUAUAUAUAUAUAUAUAUAUAUAUAUAUAUAAUUCCAUUCUUUAUAUAUAUAUUUCAAUGGAAAUUUAAAAGGGCAAAUUUAUAUAUUAAGUUAAGGGUUUGUUUAUAUAUUAAGCUCACCAUGUGGAGGCCAGUUUAAUCACUCAUUGUGGAAAUUAUGUGGUUAGCCAUAAUGUGCAGUAGCUCUUUGCUUAAGUUGAGAUGGGUUUUGGGUUUUUUUGGGGGGGGCGGGUUGUUGCUGAUUAAAAGUUCAGUUUUAUAGAGAUGAAGGGCAUUUCCAGAUGGGAUGUUAAUAUGCAGAAAAAAUUGUUAUUAUUCCACACUUUCUAGUGCAAUUAUGCUGUUAGUUUUAUAACCACUAAAAGUCUGAUAAGGAGAAAGUGAUAAGAAAAGUGGUGGGAAAUUGCACUGGGAAGUGUUGCAUAACAGUCACUGGGGGUAUUGGGUUACCUGCACGUGAAUGAAUGCCAAGUAAGCAGGUGAUGUCAUAUAACUGCCACAUAUGUUUUGUGCACACAUAUGCAUGCUAAAUAAACAACCACUCUGGAAGCUCCCGAUCUAAAAUUUGGUAACGACACGGUGAAAACCAUCCUGUUGCCGUGCAAUCCUAUGCAUGUUUACUCCAACUUCCACCAUAAUGAAUUAUUCUCUAGGAAUUAUGACUAAGGUUGCAGCUUUAGAAUAGUAAGUCUACAUGUACAAUAUGUGGAGCAAUUUGGAUUGGCCUCCUAUAGUGACUUUGAUGAAUAAAUUGACCCUCACUUGCUAAAUGCCUCAUAUAUCUACAAAGCAGAUAAAAGUUUCUUUAGUUUCCGUCUUCCCUCAUCACAUUUUUUUAAAUCAAAUGUUCAGAAUACUGUUAGGUUUGAUUUGAAAUUUGCAGACAUUGGUUGUUGUUUUUAUUUGCACCCCUGAUAGAUAUGUCAGUUCUAGAGACACAAGGCAAGUGUUUGUUCUCCAGGGCAAGCUAAUGAUCUGCCAAACACAAGUGGCUCUCCAUCGUGCAAUGAGGUGCAAAGAAGGAAGGGCAUUCACUGCCCCUACAGCUAGCCUGGCUCCUAGGAACUGAAGCAGUAACAGGGGGAGCAGGCUGGACUUAAUAUAUGUCAGAGGUGUCAAGAUUAAGUUGGAUUAUUUAUAGCUGCAGGCAGACCUGUUAUGUACAUUAGGCCAUAGUUUCCUAGACAGUUUUUCAUUUUGAGCCACAUCCACUCAUCACUUUCAUUAAAAUGGGCCAAAUCUCAAGAGGAUCGAUUUCAUCCCUACACAAGAUGGUGUGCUGGUUUGCUUUUCAUUUCAAACUAAAUUUUUAAGAAUUUGUUUAAGCUAGAAUUUCAGUCCAGUGGAUCAUCUCCUGGCUGCGCCUGGCAGAGCAAGCAUAUCUAUUGCAUAUAAAACAAAUCCUGUCUACCUUUUCAUAUAAAUGUGAUCAUAGAUAAUUCAUUUUCUUUAACUCCCUUUCCUUCUUUAAGCUAAUGGAGCAGCACAUAUCCGUGUGGACCAUGUUUUCCAGAUCUGCAGCAAGUUUUUUUGUAACUCUGAGUUGUUUCCUGUGAACUCUAGAAUGGAAACUAUUGCAAAAUGCUCCUCUUCUUUCAACCCUAAAUAACAUAUGUAGCAGAGAAGCAUUUACUCAAAAAUCUUAAUAAGCAGCACAGUUAGAAUAGCUUGAUAAAUUUUCAUCUUUUUGGUAAUGUAGUAACAUUAGCAACUGUGUCUGCUGCGUUAUGAAGUUGUUAACGUGUGUGUGUGUGUGUGUGUGUGUGUGUGUGUGUGUGUGGAGAGGAUGGAGAAAGGGAAAUGGUCAUUUGACCAAACUCCAGGUUAAUUGGCUUAGUUUUAGUAAGAUAAUAAGAAAGCCUGCAUUCCAGUAAUAGGUCAGAUCUACACUGCUGUUGUAACAAGGAUGACUCCUUUUUUUGGCAUGUGAUAGAGAUCUGAACCUUCCCUCUUUAGCAGCAGAGCGGAAGGUAUCUCAGCAAAUGAAAAGUUUGGAGUUAUUUGUGGCAGAAGUUCGAGGUCCCUUUCUGAAAGAUGCACUCUCUCCCAGUUUUACAGUUGCGGCUGCAGCAGCGAAGAAGCCGAGAGCAGCUCGCCAGCCAGGGAAUCAUGCCACGUGAGUACUUUGCUUUCUCACUUUUAUCUUUUAUGCACUAGCAGGCCCAUGCAGCCUCAGCUGAGGGUCACACUAUCCACCACCAAAUAAAUAUAAUACAACUUUGCAUCAUUAGGGACUGUUUCUGAUUCUAAGAAGGGCAAAGCAGGCUUGUACACGUGCACCACUUUAGCACACACAGAUCUGGUGCUAUGUACCUCUGCAAGAAUCAACUCUUAUGCAGGAAGGAAAUAUUUGUGGCAGAGAGUUACCUUCUUACAUAGUGCCCACCCUGAGAAGUCUAUACUGCUGCAAAAAUUAUUUAUUUCUGGUACAAUCAUAAGCAGGAGAUUGAGUUGAGCAACUGGUCCGGCACUACAGAUUGCAUGGAAUUUUUGCCAUCACAUACUCAGCUUGUUACUGCAAUUACUGUUAAACUCGGGACUAGAAGAUUACUUACACAUGCAUCCCAAAAUCUAGGAUUCUAAUGAGCCUCACAGGAAAGGGAGUUUGGGCUUGAUUAUUCCUGAAGUAGACUAUACUGUAUCAUUUUCAUAACUCAUUUAGGAUGUAGGGCACCUUGCAAAACCCUAUGAGGCAGGUCAUUGUUAUUCCAAUUUUUUGCAGAUGGGGAAACUGAGACUGAGAGAGAUAACACCUUGCCCAAGGCCACCCAGUGAGUCCAUGGUCAAACUAGGAUCUGAAUCCAGGUCUCCCACCCCAAGCACCCACCCUCUCUCUCUCUCUCUGCUGGAUCACACUGAUUCUGAGCCACACACAGUGACUGCCUAAGCCUUUGGGUGCCGCAUGUUGUAGUUGGCCUCUGCUAUUGCUUUCCUCUUAAGCCACCUCCUGAAAAACAUUCUACAUUGUUGGCAUGGAAUGUCUGUCGCUUCCAUACGAAUGGUGCAUGCAGCAGUUUGGCAUUUUCAUGAGGCAUUUCAGUGUAUGUAGUGCAGGUACAGCAUGUUAUGUGUGACAGAGUGGAUCCACAUAGACUUGUUUAUUUAAUACAUUGCCCAAAGUUCUUGGCAGGUUUAAUCCUAUCCCACUAUCAGAAUUAACUGUCAUGUUCUGCAAAAAUGAGGUGUCAUUGGUGUUUGCCAACUGUCAGGGGAUGUUCUGACACCCCAUAAAGGCUGCUAGUUUACCCCCUAAAAGGCAUUUUACUCCUCAAAGAGAGGGAGAAAGAAAGUGGCAAGGGGUAUGGAGGCAAGAAUAGCAGCAUUUGUUUAGGCGUCCGAGGCAAAUGGGUUACCACCAUGACUCCAGACUUUUCACCUUAUUUCAUCUCCCCCUCUUCCACAGUCCCAAACAUCUUUCUUUCUAGGACACAGUGCUUGACCAUGGGCUUCAACUAGUAUGUGCUUAGGGCUAUUUCAGAUAUGACAUUUCCCUAGAUGCAUUUUGAAGGAUAUAAAAAAUGCCCAAGGACCCAUGAUAAAUACAUGCAUCUCAUACCUGUCUGGUGAGUUUGACAAAAAGUGCACAUCUUUGCCCAUUUCUCGACUGCCUUCCUAAUCGGUUUAUGCAAAACUUAGAAAGGGCAAGGUAAUUGCCCUUAAUAUAAUCAUGCUUCCUAUGUUGUAGGAAGAGAUCCCAUUGAUUACUUUUGUUCCUGGGCAUUCACAUAUUCAUCAGUGGUAGGUAGUUAGAGAAUUACACCCAACUACAUCCCGUUUGCAGUCACUGCCCAGCAAAUCCCUUGGGAAUACAUGAUGUAACUUGAUUGAUACUAAGUGAGUGUGGACUUGGAUAGGAGACCACUGAGAACCUCACAAAAAAUGAGGAGCAGCAUAUAUAAAUAUAGCAAAUAAAUCACAUGUUUUCUGCACAUGUCCAUAGUAUUAGGUCUUCCAGCCCUCCUAAUUUAAGGGUGGGUUUUUGUUUUGCCUUCUCCUUUGAUGCCUUUUCUCACAUUGACAAGGCUCAUAAGCCUAUAUAGAAGCCUCAUUGCCCAGUUCACAAUUAAUAUAAACCACAGUUAAUGGUUUGUUGUGAAUGUGGAGAUCACACCUGCUUUGCUUCUCCCCUAUUACAAGCAUGAGCACAAUCCCUGGCUUAACGUUACAUCUGGGGAUGCUGCAGAAUUCCAAGAAAAAUGAAAACAGGAGUGGAAAUUGCCAAUGUUCACUUAUUCAUCCCAUGUCCAAAAUGGAAAUCCACCUGUUGUUGUUGCUGCUUUCAGUCCACAGAUGAUACAUAAAUUAUUACUUUUCCCCACCCCUACUUGCAUUGUGUUUCCUUUGCGUUGAAAUGAAUAGGGGGGAAUAACAUCACGGCAACAUAAUUUGCAUGUAAAUUACAUAAGGUACAUAAUUUGACACAGUGGAUGGAAAUACAGAUAAAGUGGUUUUUUGUGGAAGACAAAGCGCAGUGGAACAUAAACAGUGCUGCAUGCAACAAAUAGAGGUCAGAACAGAAAAUGAUGUUUUCUUACAUCCCUAAUAAUAUCUGAGCCAAGGAUUGUGAUUUGUUUCACUCAAACUAAGUUUGACAAACUUUGUUUGGAGUGAAACAAACUGCUAUCUCCAAUUCAGAUGUAACACUAGGGAUUAUGUUUUGUUCUUCCUGCUAGGGAAUGAUCAAAACAGGAAGCCCCUGUGUGUUUAUGUUUAAACCAUUACCUGUGUUUAUGGCAAAAGCAUUUACUGAGGUGUGUAAAUGCAGUCAGUUAGUUAGUGGUGUUAGUAGGGGUUCAGGAUUUAGUCAGUUAAUUGGUUAGGUUAAUAGGUUUAAUUUGAUCAGCUGACAAGCUGCCCCCAAAUUGGUAUAUCUACAUUAUCAGUUUUUAACAUAAGUACUUAAAGAAGUUUCAGAUGUCAAGCAGCGUCAUGUCCUUCUGUGUGUGAUAGAACAGGGGACAGCUCUUCAAAGAUGAGGCUUACUGUGCCACUUGUGGGCAUAAUUUUAAAACAAAGUACGUUUUUCUUUAGAACCAUUUUUAUCUCAUAUGCAAAUGUAUGCAAGUUUAAUCAAUAAAUUAAUCAAUGUACCCAAACUCAUAUGAACAAAGAUUGAUAUGAUUGGGUGAUAGACACAGGUUUUAGUCAUUAUUGAUUUGUCACUAUUUAUCAUCGGCAAGCAAGUCACACAGCUGACAAGCCUCUCUUAACACCAUGGUGGCACUCUCACUGGGACCCUUCCUCUCAAACCAGAGCAUUCAAACUUCAUGUCACUCUUUUAAAAUCAAAAUGGCUAUAAACUAUAAGAUUUCAAAUCUAUUAUUUGUCUUUUAAAAUUAUAGCAAUUUCCUGAUUUCUUUUCUUUGUGAAAACAAAACACUUCCCACCCCUAUGGCCAAAAGCAGUAGCCUUUCCUGGCAGGCACAACGAGAAAGUUAAUUAUGUUUAAUUGCAAUACUCAUUAUUCAAUGCACAUGCUCUUAAAAAUUGUGAUAACUGAAGGCUCAGGACAGGUCUGUAUUGUGGGGCAGUAUCCAACUAACGUGGUCCAUCAGCACAAGGAUUUCCGCUUGCACAUUGGGACUUUUUCCUCCUUUGUGUCCAACUCACUCCCCAAAUCUACUCUGCUGGAGAGUUUGGAGAGCCCCUAUAACAGAUUUAGGAAGCACACAAGAGGGGAGAGGAGGUAAGUCCAGCUGUGCAAGUGGAAAUCCUUGUUCUGUCAGAAAAUAUUACUCAAUGCUACUUUGGAUACAAUCCUAUGUGUGUAAUUCUCCUUUCAUCAUUGUACUCUCACUCCAGACUUUAACUUCUAAACUUCCACUACUGCCACGACUUCCCUCAUAGAAGAACCAACACAUUCAACCCCAUAUUGACAUAGAUUUUUUCUCAGACAACCAUAUGCUGUUGGUUUGUCUGCAGAAUUCACAUCAAUCCUCUUGGCAAAGGUCCCUUUGUUUUGCGUCCAUCCUUUGUCAUGGAUCCUACAUAACUUUAGCGUUCUGUAAUGUGCAUUAAUUGAGCUGUGCAGAAGAACAACACUGGUUUUCUGCCUUGCAGAUUACUUUUAUCGGAUGCUCUCUCAAAGCUUUUCCCACCAUCCCACUAGCUGUGAACCAGGCCUCUGCACUGGUGCACCAGCUUCUCAGAUUGCUCUUGCAAUAUCUGAAAGUAGGAUGGUUUUCACCCUAUGAAGUUUACCAGAAUCUGUUUUACAACCGUCUUUUACCACUGAGGUGUCUCCUCUAACUUUGCCUUUGGUGCUCUGUGACACUUUUUUAUUUACUCACUCACUUUAAGAUUUUCUUCUUCUUUUUGUUUGGCCUUUUAGUUGCGCAGGGUUUGAGUCUUCAGUAAAACAAAAUAUCUAUCGUGCUUUAGGAUCUAGUUAACUACAGGAGGCAAAUAAUAAAUUAGCUCAUCCAAUUGCGUCAAUGCAAAAUGACUCAUAACUCUGACAAUAAAUCCGUUUGGUGACGGGAGGUAACAACUGGCAUGUGGGGACUAGAGAAGCCAUUUGUUAAAAGCAGUUUGGGUUGUUUUGUUUAUUUUAUUUUAUUGAAAAAAAGAGGGUUUUUAAAUAAAUAAAAAUCACACAAUAUAUAAUUCUCUUGGCCUUUGAUUUUCCUAUCCCACAGUUUGACUGUGCUCCCAGUCACAUUUUGUGCAAAGAAAACAAACAAACAAUAAUUUGACACUUAUUAAAAUGCAGAUGAGAAUUGUGUCCGCAAUCUUUAUUUUUGGAUUCUGGACAACUUUCACUGUAUAAAUAACUAGGCUACAAUUCAGCCAUGAGAUAAAGAGCUUUUGCGCAGCUUUGGGAAGAGCGAUGCUUUCCUCUCAUGCCCUUAACCCAUGACACAGAAGAAAUAGCAAGACCCAGAAAUGGUUCAGAGAGUGAGACCCAAAUGAGCUGGGAACUGUGUGCCAAGUCAUCUUCACGAAGCCUGUGAACACACUGGGACAGCCUCCCCCUUGGUGAUAGAGUACAACGAAGUACAAAUUUCCUAGUCAGUGAGAACUAGCCAACACUGAUGGUAGGGAGAGGGGGAAAAGGCUCCAUGAUGAGACUAUGCAGAUAGGAAAAGGCUGGACUGCCAGUUGGGGAGUGGAGUUCAAGGAGCAGGUUUUGCCCCUACCUUUUCGUUGCUGCCAUUUAUUCCUGUAGGACAAAUACAGAGUUGUGAUUCAAUCCUAACAGCAUGUUCAUCACUGAAGGGCGUUAAGAUAUGGUGGAGGAGGCGACCCUCUUUUUUUUAUCUCGAUGGAAAUGCAAUCUGAAGAAACAAAUAUGUCCUCCAAACAAAUAUCCGGAAUGUGGUUCAGAACACAGAGCAGGCACUGGUGGAGAGUAUCAGAAUUUACUGGAGCAUUCUGCUCACUCUCUUAUAUCGAGAAGGAGAUUUUGCCAAUGGAUGAAGGAAGGAGAGCUCAUUGUUGAAAAGAAUGUGUGACAGAAUGGAGCAAUUUAUCCUUCUUGCUGAUUUUGUAUGUGCUGCUGACACCCAUGUGAUACAAUGAGACUCAGACUCUCAAUUUUAUUAGCGGGUCUCCUCUGGACAUUAAUCUCACUGGUGGUCCUCUCCAUAACUAGAUCCUUCCUCCCCGACUGAUCACUUUAGCUGGAAGUCAACCCCACUGAAACCAAGCUCCCCAAAUGCGUCUAGGAUUAACGUGCAAGGCUCUGUCUCUUGAGCUUCUCACCCAAUGUGUUUGGAUACUGGACAGGCUGCACUUUACCGCCAGGCCACUCACCUCCCUCUAAGAUGCCUUAAAAAAGAUGGCUGUCUCCAAACAACUCUCAGCUCUCCCCCUGCUUUAGUUACCAUCUGUGUCUUUGCUCCUCUCUGCCUCGUUUCCACUGCCACAGCCUGGCCUGGUUAUUCCUCAUCCAUUUUCAUUUGAUGCAAUAAAGGGGCUGGCUGAUUUGUGUGGCUAAUUUUGUUGAACUUUGUUACAAUGGCACAAUGCUGAAAAUGUACUUGUUGCUCGCUGUGCUCAUUGUGCUUUUGUCUGUUUCUGAUUGCAGCGCUGAAAAACCCCUCUCCCUUCCAUGAGCAAAAGAAGAGCUUGGAGAGAGCCAAGGUAACCCUGGGUAGGCAUCAGAGGGGGUGGCUGGAUAUGGCAUCAUGCAGGUUAACUAGCUGCUGAGAAGGUUGUGGCCAUGUGCAGGAAUGUGAGUGGAAUGUUGGAAAAUCACUGGAUUCAUUUCUGCAGAUACUACUAUGCCUUUAGCACACCUUUACAGGGCUCUAAACUUAAUUGGCACAUGUCCCAUGAGAAAGUGGCUUUGUGGUGUGUGUGUGUGUGUGUGUGUGUGUGUGUGUGUGUGUAUAUAUAUAUAUAUAUCUCCCCAGUAGGAAACCUUGUGCCUGAUGUCUGCAGUACACCAUAUUGCCCUUCUCUUCUUGUGACACUGCAGAGUGCUUUUGGGCUGUUCUUAACCUGUACUCUUGUCUCUUGCUGGCACCAGUUAUCAAGGAGAGUUUAGGCGCUGUUAAUUAAAGCUAAUGAGAAAGAUAAGAUUAAGAGGCAGUUCCCCCCCACCUACUCCACUAGUGGAAGAGCUGGUGAUCUGGUCUUAUUUAGAGAAAGUGCAAGAUAUUCUCAAGCUUUCCCUGCUGCAAGUCUCCAGCCAAGGCUCUUACUAGAGGUGUAGUGGGGGGGGGGGCAGAAAUUUGAUUCCGUUUACAUUUAAAGGCGAACCUACCUAAUUUGCAAUUUCAGAAAUAAUACGCAAACUUAAACAAGGCCAUCCUUCAAAAUUUGUGUUUCUCUGAAUUUUGCAGUUUGGCAAAGGGGGAAAUUGGGGAACUGUCUGCUUAGAGAAGCCUUUUCCAAGACUGAUAGCAGUUCUCUUAUAUAAAGAAUACAAUCCAUAUAUAGAGAGGCCUAUAGCUCAUUCAUAAAGCUGGUAUUUUGCACGGAUGACGACCCGGGUCCAAUGACACCAGCAGCAAGAUUGGUAAAGAGAUAUGGAGAUAUGCUGCUAGUUACAAUAGACAAUGCUGGGCUAGAUGGACAAUAGUAUAUGGUAACUUUGUAAUGUCCUAGAAACUAUGACUUGAUUUGCUCAGAAUUUGUAUUAGUAGUAGUAGUUGCCGUCUGUUAACUUGUCCCAUUUAAUGGGAACUUGUGGUGCACCUUAUCCUUUAUUUCCUCUGUUUAUGGUAUAGGAGUUAAUAUGUAGAGGAAAUUUAGGUCAGGAAGCCAAACAAGUGAAUCCUUUUAUAGUCUCUACAAUUCUGUGUACAUAUAUAUUAACUUACUUUCAAAACUCUUGAUGAAAUUUAUAGGCAUUUAUCAAAAACCUGCACACAUGUAGAAGAUGCCUAUGUUACAUUAUUGUAUAUGAGUGUCCUGCAAAAAUUCAAGACCAACGUCAGGAAGGAUGUAUAGCCCCCUGUGAAAAAUAAAUGUGCUUAGAACACUUCAAGAAGUCUGAAGUAUCUUAGAAGUACCCUAUAUUUCAAUGUUCAGGCAUAGGUUAAUAUCUCACAGUCUCCCUUCAAAGGCUUCUACUGGCCGAUUGCCUGGAAGAAAAAAGGAUUAUAUGAGUCAAAAGCCCUAAACUACAUUCGUUUAGGGAGAAGUAGAACCAAAAAUAUAUUCUAAGCCUUUAUUCAGCUGGGGAGGGGCCUGGGGGCUGGCAGGGGGAAGCAAUAUCAGAACACUUCACAGCUAGUUUGGUUGAGAGGGACUGAUGGGAAGCCUACUUGAAAAUCUUUGUUCACACAUAACAUGAAACUACACCAAUUUAAUUGCGGUGGAUUUUAAAUACCUAUUAGCUAAAACACAACAGAGCUGCUGUUAGAUGAGUGCUAGUGAAGUAAAUAAAUUUACUUUGAUACAGCUGGGUACUUAGGGCUGAAUUUUACACUUGUUUAAGAUCUGUGCCGUAAGCUAAACUGAAAUUGUGCUGAAUAUAGUGCAUAUUAAAAGUUGGUGUAGUAUUAUGAUUCCUUCGUGCCAAUUAUAAGUUACUUGCAUUCUGGGAAACCUGCCAAAAGUUCGGGUUUGCACAAAUGGAGCUCUUAAAAGAUCCAAGUCCUAGCCUACAGACAUUCAGUAUCCAGACAAAAAGUUGUGGGAUAAUUAUAGAAUUGGAAGGGACUCUGAGGGUCAUCUAGUCCAGGGGUCUGCAACCCGCGGCUCUGGAGCUGCAUGUGGCUGUUUUACACCUUUGCCGCGGCUCCGGGGCGGAUACUAGCGAGGGGAGGAGGCGCAUUGUGCGCCCCGACACUCCCCACUGUGGCGGGCACUGUACUGGCUGUGACGUCGCAUGGGGGCGGUGCGUGCGUUAGUCACGCACCGCACCGACGUCACCUUCCCGCCCGCCUGCUACACUGUAAGGGGCAUGUACGCUGGUCACUGUUUUGAAAGGGCAUGUACACUGGUCACUGUUUUGAAGGGGAGUGAAGAACACACACACACACACAAAAGGUAACUUGUUAAUUUAACGUUUAUUUCUAUGAGGAGGAGUAAUUCUGAGGGGUCAAACAAAGAAAUAAUAAAAAGUGACAAAAAAGUUAUUUUUAUAAUGAGGAGUUUUGUGGCUCCCAGGUUUUUUUUUCUUCGGAAACGGAUCUAAGUGGCUCUUUUUGUCUUAAAGGUUGCAGACCCCUGAUCUAGUCCAACCCCUGUAAUCUCAACUAAAGCAUGCAGAUGGCUUCUGCUUAGUUGGUUCCACUGUCAAACAGCUCUUGCCAUCAGAAAAUUAUUCCCGAUGUUGAGCUGAAAUCUCUUUUCCUGUAACUUGAAUCUUUUAGUGUGGGUCCUACCAGAGAAGAACAAAUGUUAACUAAAAUGAACGUCAGUUAGACCAAGUCUGACUGAAUCCUUUUAAAGAAGCAUUGCCUAAUGCACUUUAAAUCAAGCUAGUGAGGUAAUGAUCUCUGUUCUUAUGUUCUGUAGACUGAAGAUUAUUUAAAGCACAAGACCCGAAACAGACCUGAGCGCUCAGAACUGGUUGAUAUGCACAUUUUACAGGGUAAGAUUGAAUGAAUAAGUUUAAGAUCUUGCUAUUAGCAUACAAAGUCCUUAAUAACCAGAUUAUCUUUGGGACCACCUAAUCUUGUAUAUCCCUACCCAGUCACUUCAAUCCCUGGGGGAGACACUCUUAAAGGUGCUGCUUACUCCUGACGUUCAUCUUAUGUCUGCAAAAACCCAGGGCUUUCAGUAUUACAUCACAUGCCCUUUGGAAUGAGCUCCUGGUAAGGCAGGCACCUAUAGUGUUGCUAUUUCCGGUACCUACUUAAAACACAUUUGUUUACUCAAGGGUGAUCCAGUUUAGUAGUGUAUAUUUCUGAUUUACUAAUUUGUUGGUGUAAUUUUGUUGUUAGCAGUGUAUUUUAUUGAUGAUUUUAUGGGGAUCACAACCUUGAGGUUUCUUUUUACAUGUUUGGAAGUAUAGAAAUACACCACCGAAUUGCAAACGAGCUGUUCUAUGUUAAUAGUCUAGACUUCCGCAUCAUCCCUGACCAUCAACUCCCAUCAUCCCUGACCAUUGACGAUGUGGUCUGGGGCUGAUGGGAAUUGUAGUCCAAAUCCUCUAGAGGGCACCAGGUUGUGGGAGACUGCCUUAGAUGUUUUGGACUUCUUGUAGUUGUGGCAAGCCAACAGCAGAAGACACUUCUGCCAUGUUUUGAGUAAGCCUCAGUGUCUUUUGAUCCCUCUUCAGGAAAGGUAUAAAAGCACCUUUUAUUGCCCUAAUCUAGGCCUUCUUGGUAGCAAUCUCCUGCUUAUGGAAUGCUUAUGAAUUAUUUUAGGUUUUAAAACUUUUCUAAAAUGUUUGUAAUCUUUGUUAGUUUGCCACCUUGGGUUCCUUCAGGGUGGGGACAAGAAUAAACAUCGAACUGAUUUAUGAUGAUGUUUGCAUGAUGUUAUUCUAUAAACAAAUCUGGGGUGGGUUUUAUUUGAGCCUGGCUGGGGCAAUUGCUGCUCCAGCAUGUAUGGCACACACUAUACAACUGGGGGGAAAUGCACAUCUCAUGAAGCAAGUUAUUCCCUUUUAGAUAUUGCUUCUUGCAAUUCUCAUUUAGCUCUUGAAACCAAGUUUUUACUGGGCUUGCAGAAAUGACUUUCCUGCAUAGGAUUCCAUGCCCAGCAUUGCAUUUGAAGGAUUGUUUGCUUGUGUGCUACCCACUCCCCAGCAAACUGUGGCUCAGCCAUGCUGGUAUGCAGACGCACAUAAAGGGUGUGGUGCACUGGGUGAGAACAUUGGAAUUAUUUUGUUUGGCUACAGGGAACUAUGUACAGGUAAUACUUUCUGUGUAUCUUGAACAUUGUUAAAAUUGACUGCAUAUCAUAUCAGCAGUGAGAAAAGCUUAUCUACAAGCACACCUGUCAUCAUUGCACUCUGUGGCUAGUUGUGGUUAAAGGUAAAGGUAAAGGACCCCUGACAGUUAAGUCCAGUUGCAGGCGACUGUGGGGUUGCGGCGCUCAUCUCGCUUUACAGGCCAAGGGAGCCGGUGUUCGUCUGCAGACAGUUUUUUCUGAAUCAUGUGGCCAGCAUGACUAAGCCGCUUCUGGCACAACCGAACACCGAAACCAGAGCAGCGCACAGAAACGCUGUUUACCUUCCCACUGGAGCGGUACCUAUUUAUCUACUUGCACUGGCGUGCUUUCGAACUGCUAGGUUGGCAGGAGCUGGGACAGAGCAACAGGAACUCACCCCAUUGCGGGGAUUCAAACUGCCAACCUUCUGAUUGGCAAGCCACAGUUGUUUUAUGGUUCAAGAGAAAUGCUUUGUGCUACAGCUACACUCAGGUUCUAAUUACUGGGAAAGAACUGACAUAGAAUUUAUCCUGUGUUUCUUAGAAGUGAUAAAAGGAAAGGAGCUGUGGCACAGGCUGGUUAUUUUGUGGAAUAAUUUAUAUUUUUACCAUUUGGCUUUACAGAUUCAGCCACAGAAGGGUCUGUCCAGGCUACUCAGAUGAAACUGAAAAGAGCCCGUCUUGCAGACAAUCUAAAUGAGAAAAUUGCUCUUAGGCCAGGUCCUCUGGAGCUGGUGGAGAAGAAUAUCAUUCCUGUUGACUCAGCUGUGAAAGAAGCCAUCAAAGGUAAUACCAGGAAAGGCACCUCUGGUGCUAUAGCAACAUCCAUGCACAGUAGGCUAUACGAAAGACUCGCUGUGGAGAGGGUCCCUUGCAAUGUGAUGUAGGGUUCUUGAUGUUUUCUCCAUGGGAAUGCCUUUGGAAUAAUUCCCAUAAGAGAGUACAGAUCCAUGUUGAAGAGCUAGCAGGAUUCUAGCACCCUAGAAUGGUUCCUUCAUUCCUGCCCUCUUCAAAUCCCUCUUCACUAGCAGAGUAGGAAGAAACUUGAUCAAAGCCAGACAUGUCCCUGGAAAGAUUACAGCGUGUAGCAGGAAUCUUCCUUCCUUCCACUGCCUACUCUCUGUCUUCCAGCCUUGCAGGGGCUUUUGUGAUAGAGCCUGUCUUUCCCAGCACUUUACUUAUCAGCAAAAGCCAAGGGUCAAGCGCUUUUGCCUGCUAGUUUGCGGGAUAUUGCACAGGAACACUUUCCAGAACCCACUGAGUAUGCUGAGUGGCAGACAAGCAUCAUCUGGCAUAAGCCACAUUGAUGCGCGGAGAAGCAAAAUGGGUCGCAUCUUUGCAGCAUUUCUCAAAGGAGGUUGUAGGAUGAAAAAACCAUGCAAGCUAUUGAUUUGGUGAAUUGUUUGGGGGCACAUUCUUGAUGAGUUUCUUGGAGUAUUCUCACCAUGGUGCACAAGCAGCAUUUGACCCCCCAAUAUUUUUUUUGUGGGCUUCCAAGACACGCACACACACACACACACACACACACACACAUCAAUUGUCUUUUUAAAAAAUUGACUGCUCCUAUUUCCCCACUCCCACAAAUUCCCAGCUGUGACUCCAGAAUGUCAAAAGGGUUUUUUUGUAACCCCAACCUCCAAGACUCUUAAAAUGUGCCCUAUAUUUUUUAAAAAUAGAAUGACCUUGUCCACUUUUACACUUUGGCCACAUCCACUUUGAAAUGUGCAUUUAAAAACAAAUUUGCAUUUUUAAACGAAUAAUCUGAACUAAUACAGAGACGAUGCAAUUUGAAAUGGGAUAACGAUUGCAUUCUGCAGAGUUGUGAAAUUUUGGGAUAAAAACAAGAGCCUUCUAAUGAUGCUAUCCUUGAAGGUUCUGGAUUUAUUAAAGAUCUGCUAUCUUGCAGGGGGGAGGGUCUGAAGACUGAUGGGUGCAAGCUGUGACACAUAUAAUAUAGUGCCUCAAACAAAAUCAUGAACAUCUUCAAAAACAGUUGAAAAGAAAGAAGAUCCUCAUUUUUAAAAAAACAAAACCCAGUAAAAUAGUAACAAUCCUGAAAAUGUGUGUUCCACGGAGAAUCAGAACCUCAUGGAAAAUCAGAUAGUUCCAGUAACCAAUGUCUGAGAAUUAUUUAUUUAUUUAAAGCAUUUGUAAUCCCAUUCUGCAGCUGAAAAUGAUUCCAGAGCCGCUUAUAGAGCAAUUAAGAAACAUGGGAACCCUCAGGCUUCUGAUCUAAAAUGCAGAACUCAAAAGGAGGAAAGGAUGGAGUGAGGAGGGGGAAAGCAAGCUGAAGCAGCAGUUCUUAAAUUUACAAAAUGUUCACAAGGGCCAGCUGGUGUGGAAACAGUUCAGGGAGAGGAGUCAAGGAGCUAGUCCCUCUCAAUAGUCAUGCUUCCCAUCUCUCCGUCUGAUGCACUCAGGUGGGAUGACUGCUCCCAGGAUGAUGGAGAAAGGCCUGGUGGAGCUGGACCUUCAACAGAGCCAGUGGAACCAAUUGCUGAAUUCAGAUUUUAUUAGCACACCAUUUACAUGUUAUCGAACCACUGCUUCAUUAGUGGUUUUCUAUAAUAGUUCUCAGUUGAAUGUUUGUCAACCAUACUGAAUUUGCUGCUUUGGUACUUGCCUUUAAGCACAAAUAAAUCACAGCUUUACCUACCUGACAGGAACAAGAAAGUGUACAUCUGUGAAUACUGUAGUGUGUUAAGAUCACUUGUUUGCUUUGCUACAUGUUCCCUUUGUUAAAAACUUACUGCCAUUCAGAAUCAUCUAUCACUGAGUCUUUUUCUUCCUUCCUGCCACAGGUAACCAAGCAAACUUCUCUAAAUCCUCAGAUGCUUUUGCUUUUGAAGAAGAUAGUAGCAAUGAUGGGCUGUCCCCAGAGCAGAUCAGAAGCGAGGAUUCCCAGGGAUCCACAGAAUCAGCAGCCGGAAUCAAAAUUUCAGAAGCAACGUUACCCACAAUGUCAGGGACAACUCAGGUAAAACGGUAUUUCUUACUUUUGGACAGAUGAGACGUCCUGAUACUUUGGAUUAAAUUUGCAGAACCAAGCCACACCCACCUCCCACAAGCUCAAUCCAGGUCAGAAAACAUGCGCUUAGAUUCAGCACAGUGAGUGUGCUUCCAAAUCAGUCCCUCUGAUAUAAACUUUUUACGUUUGUCUUCACCCCCCGUCAGCAUCCAGUACUGGACAAUGAGUACAAGAGCUUCUAUUAGGAAAAAAUGUCUGAUGCCAGAGGAAGCAUAUUCCUCUCCUCGGGGCUGGAAUAAGAACUCGUUGUGGGUAAAAAGAUGCAAUGCAUGCCAAGAUCUCUCUGAGGGCACUGUAGCCUAUGGAGGAAGCCAGCUGUAAGGUCAGCCUCUGGUGGUUACAUAAAACAUGGGGGUGUCCUGCAAAGGAUCCUGAGCCACUGUUAACCUGAACACGACAUAUUCUUGGCUUGGAGUGCCCUCCUCCAUUCCGGCAGUUUUGUUACACAGUGUACUUGGCAUGGGGCACCUCCAUUUUCCAAGCACUUAUGGCACAGAGCCCAACGAUUCGUCCAUUUGGUUUCCCUAAUAACACUAGCCUGAUAAAUGCGAUUGGUCUCAGCUGUGUAGAAAUGCCAUGGCAGGGAGUCCCGAGUCACCAGCAAAAUAUGCUGAUUGAUUAUGAUGGAGACUGAGAAAUUGGGGGCCUCCAAGGUAGAUUUUAUUUUUUUUUAAAAAAAACACAUUUAUUUAUAGAAUGUCCGUUACAGAAGAACUUUGCAUUUAUCAGUUGGUGGAUUGGAUUUAGCUAGCUAGCCGUUUUAAGAUCAAGUGAUUUUAGGAGUGUAGUUCACUGCUCUCACAGCUUGUCAUCCAUUUCUUUUACCUACUUCAGUGUCAAGCCCAUUUUAUAUGGAACCUUAUCCCUAUGGAAGACUGUCUUCUGUCGGCAAUCCAUGCUAUUGCUUUAACAUCUACCGUAGAUCCUCUUGAUUGCAUAGAGCAGCCUUGCCCAGCCUAAUACACUAAAGCUUGCUUUGAACUACAAUCCCCAUUGGAUGUUGUGAGUUGUAGUCCAGUAACAUCAGGUGGUCACUAGGUUGUUGAAGGCUGGUGCACAUAGUUUCCAGGAGCAUCUGAUGCUGGCAAGGAAACUACCAUGUUAUGCUGCUCUAAAUACAGAUCAUGGAGAGAUGUCAGUUGAAAAAAGUGAUAACAUGUAGUCCAGUCCUAGUUAAGGCUCCAAACAAGGUCAAGAUAACUGGUCCUGAGCAAGACUAGCAUGGACCAUUUCUGCAAUAGUCUGUAAGCUGCCUGCAUGUGGAUAGGCUUCUUGAAAAUGUGCAUAUUGAUGUUUAUUAAUUUCCAUGUAUUUAUUUUGAUUCCAGGAUCAUUCCGUUGGCUCUGAAAAUGAUACGGCUGAUAUGACAUCUCUGAGGAAUGGCCAGCCAGAAAGUCCUAAACAACAGAAUGGGCAACAAACACCUCCUGGCACUGUUACCACAUCUGCAAAGGUAUGAGCCUAACCUCCCACUACGUAGGAAGAAAAAUUGUUAACAUGGCUUAUUGGCUAGACAACAGCUAGUACUCAUCUGCAGUAAGAGUGGGGGGGGGCUGGUUUUAGGUGUUUGGGGAGGUGAGUUACAGUGUUGACUUUGCUUGGAGAUGGGAGUCGCUAGGAACUACCCAGACAGUACCUCCUUGUGUCACAAAACUGGGUCCAUUAGAAUUCUGGGGUGAAAGUACCUGCAAAAGGAGCAAGCUGAGACUUGAUGAUCUGUUGAAGCCAAGCUGUUUCCAACAAUAGCGCCAACAGGACCUUGUGUUAGAUGGCUCAUUCAUCUGUCUCAGGAAUUGUGGAAUUCUAUGAAGCUGUCAUGGGCACUACAAAAUACCCAUUUCAGAGAGGGAAAAUGGCAAUACUCAGAAAUAUUGCCCCAGACAACAGAAAUAAUAUCCAUGCAUACUCCAAACCAAACACUGGUAUAUUUUAAACUACUAAUUUCCAUUUAUAUUUUGAUUUUUUUUUAAAAAAAAGUUGCUUAACUUUUAUGGAUAAUUUUAAUGUAUAUUUAAUAUUCCAUGUAAACCACUAAGUAACAGACAAACCACUUAUGCACGUAUCUCUUCCCAAAACAUCUAGGGAAACUCUGCCCUUCAAAACAGACAAAAUACUCCCUUGUCCCUCUAGGGCAACAAGAGGGCCCUCCGUCCCUUUUCUUAUGAUAUUUAGAGAGAAGUUGGAAGGCAAAGCACUGCCCUAUAGCUUUCCUUCUUUACUCCUUUCCUAUGGAGGUGGACCCAGAGGCAUUCUGGGGGAAAGGGGAAUAGCUGGAUGCUGCCCAAGUUAAAAAUGAAAGAAAUAUUUAAAAGCCGUAAAGCAACGAUGGGCAACAUGGUGUCCUGCCCAUGUUACAGACUACAGCUCCAAUCACCCUUGAGCACUGGUCAUGCUAGCUAUGGAUAACGGGAGUUGUAAUUCCAAACACACCUAAUGUUUAAAAAUGGUCACCAGGGAGGUGGCCUGAGGACUGCCCCAUGAUGUGGGGGCAGCAGGCCUAUCUUAAGACUGCGUUACAUGUUGAGAUUUUAUAUUUGGGUCAGAGUAUCCAAGUACAAAAUACACCAGUACUGUGACGAUUGUAAAACUUGCAUUAGUAUAUUAUUAGAUACAUAUCAUUUAAAAAUUCUUGGAAGUGUCAUCUGGGUAAGGACCAGAUUGCUGCUUCAGACUGUUUUAAAAGGAAUGUGUGGCUAAUAAAUAUAUAAACAUGCCCUUUACAAAUGAUGUGGUGCCUGUAUAUUUUGUUCCUUGUACUCAACUACAGAAGGUCAGAUGGGAAGAAGGGAUGUACAAACACGUCUCAAUUGUAAUAUUCAUUUGCACUUUCUUCUGAUGUUUUCCAUUCCUAUGCAAUUGGUUUAUUUUGCAAAAGUUUGUGUGCUGUUUCAUUGCCUGCUGAUGUGGAAAUACUUGUAAUUUCUAACAUUUUUUUUUAUGUAGCACACAUUAGACACAUAUAUCUCAGCCAUCAACAGAUAACUUACAAAUGAGUUACAUUCCUUGUGUUUUCUGGGGUGGGGGGCGGGGGGACCAUGUUAGUAUUUUGCAGCAAAAAAACUAGAGUCUUCUACUUCUUGCUACCUUGAUUUCACAGUUCAAUAUAAACUUGUCAUAGAAUCAGAGUUGGAAGGGACCCUGAGGAUCAUCUAGUCCAACCCCCUACAAUGCAGGAAUAUGCAGUGACCUUGGCAUUAUCAGCACCAUGCUCUAACCAGCUACGCUACAUGAUCAUCCUAUCUUGCUUUUUUCACUCUGGCACCAGGGAGGAACAGUUUAGUUGUAAGUCAAGGUAACCCCAGGAAGUGUGGUUUUCCAUGUGAAAAGAAUAAGGAGCAAUGCAUUCCACUGGCUUUAAAAUACACAAGAGGAUACAGAUUAAGUCUGAAAUUGUAACCGUACUUGGAAGUCAGUGAGAUUUACUUCUGAGUAGACAUUGUUGGGAUUGCAACAUAUUAGUGCAUAUAGGUGGCCUUAGGGUGCGAACAACACUUUAGAAACAAGGACAGUAAAGAGGCACCUGUAUACAUGAUGAUGUAAAUAAUAUAUAUAGCAAAGCAAUUUACAUAUCUAUUUACACAUAACAUGUUCAUGUGGUGUGGUUUGUUUUUUAAGUUCGUUGUAGAUAAUUAAGGUAAAUAGUUUCCACAGCGAGUGUCUCUGCCAGUGGGGAUAAAAUGGGCAGAUUAAAGGAAAUUUGCUUGAUAUUGACAACCCUAGUGAGAAGGGACAUCUAUUAUGACCUCCCACAGUCUUGAUACUAUCUCCACUGACUUGCAGGCUGACAGGCCCUGGGCACGGGAGCUCGCUAAACUUUCUAACUAACUUCAGUUACUCCAUGUUGCAGAUAAUCUUAUUGAAAUUUUUAUUUGUGCCCCAUUUAGUCAAAACCAUCGAGCGAUAGCAAGAAUCGCCACAAAAAGCCCAAGGAGAUGAAGCCAAAAGUGAAGAAGCUUAAGUACCACCAGUACAUUCCCCCAGACCAGAAGGCGGAAAAGUCCCCUCCGCCCAUGGACUCGGCCUAUGCAAGGCUCCUGCAGCAGCAGCAGCUCUUCCUGCAGCUCCAGAUCCUCAGCCAGCAGCAGCAGCACCGGCACCAGCAGCACUUCAACUAUCCGGGGCCCCAUUCCAUGCAGCUGAAGUGAGUUGGUAACGGAAAGGUUUCCUAGAGUGACCUUUCCACCUUACCCAGGUUUGAUUUCUUGCCGCAAUCAAUUUGGGGCACAUUCCAGCCCAUUAGUCACUUUUAAGCUCUGUUAAUUUAAAUAGGCCUCUCCCUUUUAAGUGUGGUCAACUCUUCCAAACUUCAGCAGGAUUGUACCCUUCAGGACAACAGUGGUGAUGCAGUAAAUUUUAUUGCAGAGCAACUCAGGUUGGUCAACCCAUCGCACAAGUGCUAUAAAACAGGCAAAGUGUAACUCCUCAGCAAUAGCUUGCUUUUAUUUUCAGAAAGGUGACCAAAUUAUACCAGCUGCUAUUCAGAUUUUUCAAGCUAAAGUGUCAUCCCAGCUACUUUUUGGGAUCCCAAUAUGGAUAGAAGCAUAUAAUAGUGAUUUAGAUAAGAUACACUCAAGUUUCUUGAGAUGUAUCCUGGGGCUCCUAAGUUCAAUCAAGUAUGAGACGAUGUAUGCAGAACUAGGUGUACACAUGAUGGAAUACUGGAUGAAGGCUAGCACUAUAAAAUACUGGCUGCGUUGCCAUUUUUGCUGCCAACCUUUGAGUCUGCUCUCUGACUUGCUUAAGAACUCUUAUACAUCCAGAUUGUUCCAGCUCUUACAUAGCAAAAUUAGAUCUAUUGGUAUUGACUUGGAAUCCUGGUAUAAUUCAAGUGAGCAAUAUAUUUAUUGCAAUAUUCAAACUAGAUUAAGGGACAUUCAUCGAAUCAAUUGUAAAUAAAAUUUGCUCCCCCAAGUUCUAUGGUUUAAAUACACCAGAUAACAGGGUCACUUAAAUCUCAAAAUUAAUAAUUCCAGCCCAACGCAGGGCCUUUAUGUGAGCCCAGCUGAACAUUUCCCCCUCAGCUCUUGUCAAAGGCAGAUAUUUAAACAUCCCCAGAAAUGAUAGACAUUGCAGAUGUUAUUUGAACGUGCCAGACACUGUAGAACAUAUCCUUUUCUACUGUCCAUUGUACAACCAGCUAUGUAAACACGUGCUAUCCCCUUUUUUGGGAAGUCUAACAUCAUGGCACAAUGAAAAUAUCAGAUUCUAUCUGUCUGACACUUACUCAGAAGUAACUGCAAAGGUGGCUAAGAUUUUCUCAAUAGUAUCUCUUAGAGCGGUGACUGGCACUAUUUAGCAGGAAGAAAUCCCAAUGAUAAUUCUUGUAAUUAUAUAUUUUACAUGGCUUUUAUUUGUAUAUAUGGAUGUUUUAUGAUGGCCAGUACUUGUAAUGCCUAAUAAAGGUUUGGUGAAGUAAGUAAGAAUACUGAUAUUUAAAAAGAAGAAGAAAACAAAAGGGGGAAAAUGUUCUGCACUUUUAUUUUUUACAGGCAACCCAAUGAGCAAAUGGCCAAAACCUCAAACUCUUCCCCAUCGACAGUUGCCAACAGCCCUCUUUCCCCUGGGAAGGGAAGCUUUUCAGGGCAAUCCUGCAUUUCGUCUCUCAAGCCAGGUCCUCUCCCAUCCAACCUGGAUGAUUUAAAAGUGAGUACUGAAUGCAAAAGUUGAUGAAAAGUGUAAAACCUUCUGUGUGGUAUAUGAAACUGCAUGUGGAGGCAGUGUGUUCUUCCAGCAAACACAUGGUUAACACAUGCACUUCGGUCAAUAUCCCAAAUUAAUCGAAAUUCAAAUAUCACAUAAAUUGAAGCAGUCAAACACCACCAUAAGAUCAACAGACCAACUAGGGUCAGUGGACUGUAGAGAAGAGACCAAAUUAUUAUUUGCCAAAGCUGACUUAGAACUAAUAAAAUCGGACAUCGUAGCUUGUUUAAAAACAGAUGGCAGAGCCAGUUCUAUUUCAAUAAUAUUCGUUGUUUAAGAAUGCAAACCAUUAUUUUACUAACACACUAAAUUAAAACAAAAUUAACACAAAGGCAACCCUGGAACAAGAAAAAACCUCAAGCAUUAAAAAUAACAUACGUUAAGAAAUCAAUUGAAACCAAGUUCCCUAAGCGAACACUUAUAUACACACAGGCACGUGCCAGAGGCACAACCUCAGGCAGCUGUUGCUGAAAAUAUAGGCCAUCCACAGGAAGCAAAGUAAUGGGAAGUUCAACAAGCUCUGAUGUUCUGCCUAGUCUUCACCUGGAGGACUUGCCUGUGCCCAAAGGGCUGCAGCUCCUAAGCAGGGACAGGAGAGUAUCCUCAGGAGUAAUGAUGGUUGACUGGAAAGCAUGCCUUCUCUUUCCCCCAAGUUUCUCAAGAAGCACUGCUCUGUCUAUAUCUAAAAUGUAAGAAGGGCAGCCCAGGUUAAAACCAGCCACAAAUUCAUUAGGUGUAGGCAGUGCUAUUUUUCUAGAAAAAGAGGUGCCAGAACUCACAAUGAAUGUCUCCCUUGUUCUCUUAGAAUGGCAACGGAGCUCACCUGAGAGGUGCUGAAACUGAAUUCCGGCUGAAAAAUAAGCCCUGGGUGCAGACGUUCAGUCCCACUCCAGGCUUAUUACAACUUGCAUAAUUUUAAUUUGGACAGCAUAGCACCUAAGGCAAUAGAAAUAAUUAGAGAUGUCCAAGUAAUGUUGUGCUAAGCAGCACAGGGACAAACUGACGUAUCCAGUCCAAUUAAUAGCAGCUAUUUUGGAGCCCAAACUUUACCCAGCCCAACUCUUUGUCCGUGCAAAUAAUCUCUGGUUUAGAUUUGGGUCAGGAUCCACUGUAAGCAGGUUGCUACUUUGCCACAAAGUUGAACUGAAAAGCGACCUUGCCACUGACUAAACGGCUUUCAUUCCAGGUGUCGGAGCUGAGGCAGCAGCUCCGAAUAAGGGGCCUCCCUGUAUCAGGUACGAAAACGGCCUUGAUGGAACGCCUGAGGCCCUUCCAGGAGUGCAGCGGGGGUUCUGUGCCCAGCUUCAAUGAGAUAACCACCGUCACCUUCCCAGUGACACCAACCAACUCUCUCUCCAGCUACCAGUCGCAGUCUUCGGCCAGCCUGCUGUCCAAUGGCUUUUACCACUUUGGCAGCACCAGCUCUACUCCCCCCAUCUCCCCAGCUUCCUCAGACCUAUCGGUGAAUGGCUCCUUGCCAGACAGUUUCAACGAAGGACCAAUGUCUUCCCCCCAUUUUGUCCUGCACCCUUCCCCUGUGCAAGGCGGGUGUGAAGAAAGCCUGAUGGGAAGCAUGAACGGCGCUGGCAUCCAGCUCGACGUGGAAAGGGUUGACACAGAGAAAGACAAGAUGCUGGUGGAAAAGCAGAAGGUCAUCAAUGAGCUGACCUGGAAACUGCAGCAAGAGCAGAGGCAAGUGGAAGAGCUGAGGAUGCAGCUGCAGAAGCGCAAAAGGAGCCACGGCUUGGACGAGAAGCAGCCCUCUCCACACUUCUUCGGCUUUCCGAUCAAGCAAGAAAACCCAGCGUCCAGUUGUCCCUUUGCCUCUAAGCAAGCUUCCUUGAAAGGCCAGGCUAGCAACUCGGACACACUGAGAAACUGUGGGACACCUCAGCUGCCCCAUCUUGUAAAUAGCCAUUGCAUGGAACCGUCAGGACAGAGCGGCAUACUGUCCUCCACAUUCCUAAGCCCACAGUGCUCUCCCCAGCAUUCUCCACUAGAGGCAGCAAAGAGUCCGCAACACAUCAGCCUUCCACCCUCACCAAACAGCCAUUACCUCCUCUCUGUGUCCCCCAGCACUCAGGGAGAAGGACGCAGCAGCUCUCCACAGCCCAGCAGCCACCUUCGCACAGCUCCAGUAAGAAAGCUACUUCUUAUUAUUCUUAUUAUUAUUAUUAUUAUUACUACUAGGUGCAGAGUUAGGGGAGGGUGUUAAAGCAGCUCCCAUUCUAUCCAGAUUCCAAACUGCUCAGAGCUUCAAAGGCACUUUGAACUGUGCCCAGAAUCAGACUGGGAGGCAGUGCAAUGUUUCAAAACUGGCAGGCUGUGUUCCAUGUGUCCAGGCCCAGUUUACCUACUGUAGCUAUUAUUGCUUCUCAGUUGAUGAAAUACCAAACAGGAAAGGAGGAGUUUAAUUGCCCAUCUUCCAGUGAUUAAAAUAUACAUCUGUUGGUUUGCAUUCAAGUUGCAGAACGGCAUUUCAAGGAUGGUGGCAUACACAUAAGCAGAGUAGGUUCAACUUUUUCAGAAGUCAUUAAGAAACUGGACACUACCCACUCUUCCACAUAUAAUACAGCUUUAUUACCACCCUUGGUGUCCCUGUAACUCUCUCCUGCCCAUUCAAAAGAAAGUAUAUCACCUAAGCCAUGGGUAGGCAAACUAAGGCCCGGGGCCGCAUCUGGCCCAAUCGCUUUCUAAAUCUGGCCCGCGGAUGGUCCAGGAAACAGUGUGUUUUUACAUGAGUAGAAUGUGUGCUUUUAUUUAAAAUGUACCUCUGGGUUAUUUGUGGGGCAUAGAAGUUCAUUCAUUCCCCCCCAAAAAAUACAGUCCGGCCCCCCACAAGGUCUGAGGGACAGUGGACCGGCCCCCUGCUGAAAAAGUUGGCUCACCCCUGCCCUAAACCAGGCAGCCUUUACUGCAGUUUUCUGCUAGUGGGUGGGGGAAUUCAAUAUUAUUUCAAAAUUCCUUUGCAGAACUUUGUAAGUGCCAUUAUCAAUGGCAAAACUGUUAUUACAGCAAGGGAGAUGGGCUUCCGGAGCCUUGACUUUUUCUCAUGCUUCCACUGGAUUUGCAAUGAGAUCACCUCAUUGACUGUUGAUUUGUUCCCAUGUGCAAGAGGUAAAUUUAUGGAGGCAACUGCUGAAUAGCAGUCUUGGCCCAAUUUUGGCUUGAUCCCUGUGAUUGAUUUUGGUUCCACACAGGUGCCAGCACAAGGUAGUCAGAAGUAUUCCAUUCUGUCUCCUGGCUUUUGCAAGUCAAAUGCUGCCCUCCCAGAUGGAAAGCAGCCACCACCCUACGCUGAUGCUGUGAAACAGGUAACAGUCUGGUGCUUGGUAGGCUAUGCUUGGCUGCAGAUAGCUUGCUUUGAUUGUUAUGUACAUCAAAGCCAAUUGCAGAUUUGAGAGUGUUGUGUGACCUAUGAGUGAAAGCAGAUGACUACCGACAGCCUUGAAAACUGAAUUUAUUGUUGUAGAAAGAGUUAUAUACAGUCAAUUGGAUUAAAAGCAAAUGCAAAUUAAUUCAACCUCUUAUUUGUUCAGACAUUGAAUAAGCAGCUGAAGUGAUUCAGGUGACUUCUGUUGGAAGGGCCAUCUGAAUUUUUAGAAGAAACAGAAUGAUCUCUGAAUGAACUAAGUUUGCAAGCUACAGCUGAACACUUGGUUCAAAAAAGUACACACAAGAGCACUGCAGGAUGGCCCCUAAAGAGGUACCGUAUUUUUUGCUCUAUAAGACGCACCAGACCAUAAGACGCACCUAGUUUUUGGAGGAGAAAAACAAGAAAAAAAAUAUUCUGAAUCCCAGAAGCCAGAACAGCAAGAGGGAUCGCUGCGCAGUGAAAGCAGCAAUCCCUCUUGCUGUUCUGGCUUCUGGGAUAGCUGCGCAGCGUGCUCCAUAAGACGCACACACAUUUCCCCUUACUUUUUAGGAGGGAAAAAGUGAGUCUUAUAGAGCAAAAAAUACGGUAAUUGCAGUGGGUCACACAAAGUUUGUGUGGGUUAACAGGAACCAACGUAAGCAUACUUACUAGGAAGUAAGUACCAAUGAAUGUGGUGGGAUUUUAUUCUAAGUAACAUUAGUUACAGGUUGAACAUCUGAGUGAAGGAGGGAGUUUUCAUUCCACUUUGGGAGGGCUAUUGAUCUUGCUUCUCUGAGGCUUUUAUGAACUAUAACGGUAUUAAUUGUAAUACAUAACAGCCUACUAUACGCACCAAAAACUGCUCAAGUAUUGUAGGAGACCUGUUUCAACUAGUUACUAAGGAAUCAUUGUUUAUUUAACAUGCCUGUCAAGGAGAUUCUAUCAUCCUUAUAUGUCUGAGGCUUCAACUUUCUUUUGAAAGCAUCUCUCAAUAUCCAUCAAAGCUGAUUUUUCUAGUAUAGUAGUGUGUGGCUCCAGUACCAACUUCCUAACAUCCCUUGCUUUUUUCUUGCUGCAGCAGAUGACCCGAAGCCAGCAAAUGGAUGAACUGUUGGAUGUGCUUAUUGAAACUGGAGGUAGGUGAUAACCCUAAGGCAAGACUGUUGGUUCUGGUCAAAGUACGUAUGAGCGAAGUCUCCGGCUGCCCAAAGAGGGUGCACUGUGAUCGCUGUGUCUGCACUAACCCCUAGCCCCAAUGCUUUUCAUUGCCUGAAGGGUGGUACCCAAAAUGGCAAUUUCAGAGAAUUUCCCCUAGUCAUAAGGUAAAGGUAAAGGGAACCCUGACCAUUCGGUCCAGUCAUGGCCGACUCUGGGGUUGCGACGCUCAUCUCGCUUUAUUGGCCGAGGGAGCCAGCGUACAGCUUCCGGGUCAUGUGGCUGGCAUGACUAAGCUGCUUCUGGCGAACAAGAGCAGCGCACGGAAACGCCGUUUACCUUCCAGCUGGAGCGGUACCUAUUUAUUUACUUGCACUUUGACGUGCUUUCGAACUGCUAGGUUGGCAGGAGCAGGGACCGAGCAACGGGAGCUCACCCUGUCAAGGGGAUUCGAACUGCAGACCUUCUGAUUGGCAAGCCUUAGGCUCUGUGGUUUAACCCACAGCACCACCUGCGUCCUUACCCCCUAGUCAUAGUAAGCCAUAAUUUGAGCCCAAUGCCUACUGCUCAAUGUAGCCAUGGUCAUAGCCCAUGAAAGAAAGUGCCGCUCCCAAAGUGCAUUUUCUUGAUGGGCUUAUUUUAAGCAACCAGAUGUGGCCCUCAGACUGUCACUGGACCCCAACUCACAUCAACCCCAGUCAGCGAUGAUGGGAGAUGAAGCCCAAAAUCUGGAGGGCCACAGUUUAGCCACCCUUGCACUAAAAUAGAUUGUGUGGUCUUAACAAUCAGAAUCUGAUAUAAGCAUACAGGAAUCUAUCUGUCUGACAUUAACCUGGAAGUAACUGCAAGGGUGGCUGAGUUUUGGUCAACAGUAUCUCUUAGAGUGGUGAAUGGCACUAUUUAGUGGGAAGAAAUCCCAUUUUUAUAUAGUUUACAUGUCUAUUUAUUUGUAUAUAUUUUAAAUUUUAUAUAUCGAUGUUUUAUACUUGUAAUGCCUAAUAAUGGUUUGGUGAAAUAUUACGAUUCUAGUUGCUGUAGGAUGUCCCAUACUCAUCCGCUCAUCUUUUUCCCUCUUAACAAGUCCUUGCCAACACACAUAUACUUAGUGAUAAUUUCUUCUACUGAUUUCCUUCCUGCGGUCCUUGGAUGGAGCACCUACUGUGUUCCCUGACCACAAUCUGCUGUUGGCUCUUCUGCGAUCUUUCUGUUCUUCUCACCCAGGCAUUCCUAGUUACACCUUACAGGCUCACAGAACCACAAAGUAGAUUCCUGGUAUGCCAAGUUACUCUAGCAUAGCAUCACAUAAAGCUAUAUCCAACCAAAAGAAAAGUAGGACACACUUCUCUGACAGCAACAGUGAAUUACGAUGUGCUCCAUUGGGUAUCUCAUACUGUAGACAAAGGAGUCUGCCGUCUUGACAGGCAGUAAUCACUGAUGUGCAAGAUGUUUUAUAACAUUUCAAGUUGUAGGGUGGCUUGGGGUGCAUGGCAUAGUAAAGUUGUAGAUCUGCUCUUGAUGAGCCUUUUUUGUUUGCAAACAGAAAUGCCUGCAAAUGCCAAAGAGGACCGCCCUUGCCUUCAGAAGGUGCCUCAGAUAACAGUGUCUUCGGGGACCUCCGGGACUUCCUCGCUACUGAAGACAUCUGCUUCAUUUGAGCAAGGCCCCUCAGGUCAGCUGUCCUUUGAACACUGCCCUAGCAGCAACAACAGUCAUCUGGAAAUCUUGUUAAAUUCCCACAGCCCUCUGGGGCGGUCAAGUGAAAUCACCCUACUGAAAGUGGGUGAAGAACCACACUUUGAAGGGGUGAUGGAAGGAUUUUCCAACAAAGCUGCCGAUGAACUGCUGACACCCCACGAGAUCCUGCCCACUCCCCUGUCGCCCAUGGAGACCCAGCUGUCUCCCUCUUCUGGGGAAGGAACUGGUUUGCACAUGAGCUUCACAGAGUCUCCUUGGGAAACAAUGGAAUGGCUGGACCUCACUCCGCCUAGCUCAGCCAACGGUUUCGGUUCCCUCACCACCACUGGGCCCAGCAUCUUCAACAUUGAUUUCUUAGAUGUUAGUGAUCUCAACUUGAACAGUACCAUGGACCUGCAUUUACAACAGUGGUGAACAGAAUAAGCCUUAUGUGUGGGGAUGCAGCUGAACACAAACAGAUUUCCAUUAAAGAGACUCAGAUACUUUAUCAGAGAGCUCUGGUGACAGCCAGGGAGAAGAAACUGGAGUCAGUUUUCCCAGGACAUUCCCCUCCCCUAUUACAAAUGAAAUUGCCAGAUAAUCUCCCACACACCACAAAGCAAAUCUCUGGCACAGGAGUCUCCUCCUCAGCAAGCACAGCUAACUUUAGUAGCUUCCAAGAAAGACUCACUCUGCAGCAGAAUUAUGUUUGGUAUGCACAUCCAUUUCAUCCCUAACAUAUCUAUCAUCCAGAUCAGGUUCUGCUAUAUUGUCUCUUAUUACCUACUGUGGGGAAAAAUUUGGUUCACUUACAGCUUGCAACACACUGCAUGGCAGCCACUGCCUUUCCUCCUGAUUCUAUACAUGAAGACUUAAAAAAAAGUCAGCUCACGAAGAAGCCAUUGUCAGACCAGUAACCUCCAAGCCAUCCUUUCACUAAACACCUCUCUCUGCCCUGUCUUACCAAUUUUAAAGGCACUUGAAAUAGAAGUAAAGCAAUCUGACUUGUUUAUGUGGUGGGCACUCAGCUUGAAAAGAACGCAGAGUAAUAUAAAAAGCAAGUACAUAAAUGAAGGACUUUUAAUUGACUAGAGGUCUGGGGCGACUUCUAUCAAUUUUCUGUUUCAGGGUACAUUCCUCCCUUCAUAAGUACUUUGCUCAUUUCUUAAUUAAAUUAAAAAUAUAAACAUAUCUAUAAUUUGAUAUAGAUAAAUCUAUAGCAUUUCAACACACUAUUAAAACCAACAAUAUUCUUAUAUAUGAUAUAAAUAUUAUCUGUGAGUGUAUCAGAUCGUCAUGAAUAAAUUUACAAGAAGCAAUAAAGUAAUCGUAACUUAUAAAAAUGGAAAGGAUUACCAAUUUAAAUUCUGUUUCAAAUUCCAAAAACACUUCGAAGGACUCACAUUCCUCCUCAUAUACCAAAUAAUUUAUUCAGUUUAAUAAACAGGCAGUCUUGAAUAAAUUGAUAAUAUUGAAUAAUAUGUUGCCCAGAGCCGAUCUGAAAAAGUGACAAAGUUUAAUCAGCAUAACAAGUGAAGGUUGCAAAUCUACAACUAAGUCUACCACGGUGGAAGAAACUGGGCAACUUACCCCUUGUAGCCUAAACCUAUGGCCUUUGUCGGUCUUUAAAUUAAGAUAUUGCCAGAUCUAAGUCCGUCAGUGAUGGUACAGAACGCAGUCUGGGUUUUCUCUACAUGUCGCAACAGAUCUGUAUGCUGUAUCAUACAUGACCAUCAAGCUGCUGCUAGAAUCCUCACACCUGUUACUGCACAGGGCAGACCCCAAAAAGGAGGCUGCCAGAUUUUCAUCUAGGGCAAGGUCAGGUUAGCUGGUACAAGGCAGGACUACAGCAGGCCCAGCUACACAGGAACCAAUUCCCAGCCCAAAGGCUUCAUACCAAGCACCAGAUACUCAUUAUGUUCCUAACCAUCGCUUUCCUGAGGGCAGACAAGAAUAUUGCAAUGUAUCACUCAAAUAUGUUGCCUCAUUAAAAGAAGAUGCAAAUGCUGCCAGCCUGGUAGGGUUCCUUUGUUCACAUGUGGGUAGGCUUCACCCAGGUGAUGACUCCAAAGCUACAUAUAAAAAACAAAGUCUGGGUAAUGAGCAAAGCACUAUGUUGUGAGAUAUCUACCCUUUAUCCAUUUUAACCAUAGUUCUCCCUGUAUACCACAAAGUGAGGGCCCAGCCCUCAGCCACAAUUCCAAACUAUACUCAGAUCCACUUGAGCAACAGAUCCUCACUACACCGCUGAAUGUCCACAGUAACAAUUGAAUGUUAUAAUUUACCUAUACAGUGGUACCUCUAGAUAUGAACAGGAUCUGUUCCGGAGCCCCGUUUGCAUCUAGAAGCAAACGUAACUAGCAAUGGCACAUCUGCACAUGACGUCAUUUUGAGCGUCUGUGCAUGCACAAGCGGCGAAACUUGGAAGUAACACGCUCCGUUACUUUCGGGUUGCCGCAGAGCGCAACUUGAACACGCUCAACCCGAAGCGCAUUCAACCCAAGGUAUGACUGUAAAUGAUUAUUAAUAAUUUCCUUAAUGCCCAGUGAGCUUACCGUUUGUCUUCUUGCACAUACCUUCUUAUAUUUCAUUCUAGCAAGUUCAAAACCCUUUACAUUCCCCUCAGUUUUACUUUUGCCUAUAGACCAAAUGCUGAGUGGUUGGGCCUAGGAAGCAGAUAGUUGACUGGGGGCUAAAUCUUGAGUCUAGUUAUGAGACUGACAAAAGAAAUGCAGAAGCAAAAGUCCCAACGGCACUUAAAAUGUAUCCUACUUGGCUCAAAGCUAGGUGGUAGUUUAAAACAAAUAACACUACUGUAUCUACAGUGAUGGAAAGCGUAUUUUAACUAAACCGGUCCCUAUAUGUCAGGAUCUAUUAAUUUAUUUUUAAAAAACAAAAUCACUUCUGCUUCCUGUUGCAACCAAAUCUGAAAAUGGCAGCUGCUGUCAAAGGUGCAUCAUGCUUCAAAAUACUAGUUAAGCAGGUGAAUAAGCCUUUAAAACAAUAGUCUGCUAUGAUGUUUAUGGCCCUUGAGUGAAACUUUGCUUGAACUAUACCGGUGCUAUAAAUUAAUACAGCUUAAGCAGGUGGUGAGACAUAUGUUGAAAGGGGAGGGCAGGUACUUAUAUAGGUACUUCCAAAUUGGCAACUCUUAGUUGUGCACAAUCAUUACUCUCCAUAAAGUCUUUUCCAUACAGAAAAACUUUCCACACUCAGAGUUGAGGAUAUAGUACUUGUUUUAUGUGUAAUCUGCACCACUAGAUAUGACAUAGGCAUGGAAGUGGGAAAGGGACCAUUCUGAACAAGCCAAAUUAAUUCUUUAAUUUACAACAAACCACUUUUUUAAAGUUCUAUUAUAUGGUUUACUUUUAUGGCUUCUUAAAAAAUACAGCACUUUUUAAAUUAAGAUAAUGGUAAGAAAACAACAAUUUUUAAAGCAAUUUCAAUUCUUAAAAUUUGAGUUAAAUUGUUUUUCAUGUAAGUACAAUUGUGUGAUUAUUUCAAUUCUAAUAAAUAGGCAAAAGUGUUCUAGCACAAAUAAAAGAUGCUUUGAAAAGCCAUACUUACAAAAUUGUGCAAAUGGAAAAACUAAUAGGGAUGGCGUGCUGAAGUAGAUGACUAGCAACAGGUUCACCUACCCAGUAUGUCAGAGUGUACAUAAAAUCCACACAAAAAGGAUAGAAUAGUACUAUGGUGAUCUACAGCUAUGGGGAUCGUACUGUUGUUCUCUUUUAAAAAUGGUAUGAAGAGACAGAAGGAAAAACAGGAUAAUAAUUUGAUGACAUCAUGCUGAUGUCCCACAGAAAGCGUGAAGCAUUCAGCCAAAAACACCUAGCAUGGAAGCGUGCAGCAUCACAAAGCACAUUCUACUACAGCAGAAUGGCGCCUCAGAACAGCAAGACAAUAGCAGUCAACUGAACCAAACAGAUACCUUGCAAUGCACACAAUACCAGUGAGAAGAAUCGCCUUAAAAAAUAAACCUCUACUGCCUCCUUCACAUGGUGCUGCACCUCUUUCAAGACAUCCUUUCCUUCAACACACCCGUCUGUGAUCUACACUACACAAGCAGCAGCCUCAUUGACAUCAUAUUCAACCUUUUAAUUGCCUAAGGCUUGUGAAAAGAAGCUCCCAUUUACAGUAUUGUGACACAGAACUAACUGCAGAGGAUGCUCAAGACCACAAUAUCUUCGUGCCUUAGCCAUUGCUUUUUUCUGGAUUUCCUGCCCAGCCUCACCUGUAGUGCAGGGAGCAGAGUGAAAAUCCCAUGCAAGGUCUUCCAGAGAACAGCUAUGAAUCCACAUCCAAAGAGGAGGAGCUUGUUCUUCUUGGCUAGCUGGGUACUUUGCAGUACUGGCCAAUUCAUCAGUGUUUUUAUUUCUUCUGUAAACCUCUGUGCACUGCAAUUCAGAAAGGUCGCACAGUAUGGAAGGGCAUGUGUAAGAAACAGUUUGUGGCUGCUUUGGACGGAUCUGGCCAUUUCCUGAAACUGUGUAAAAGUAUUGCAAACCAAAGCUAAUUACAAAAUUAUUUACCAAAUGAGUGUAUUUAAUAUUGUGUUACUGGAAGGAGUUGUUGGAAAUCAAGACAGUACAAAAAGGACCACGUGCCCUCGUGUGUCUUCUUGGCUGAAGAACAGCCUGGACCAGGAGAGCUGUCUCUGCAGACCUCAAUAUGUGUAGAACUCCAGCCUCACUAGGGUGACUAAACUUCUGAGGUCAAGUAGGGGAAGAACGAACAACUGGUUUUAAUAUUGCUGCAUGUUGUAUAAAAAAAUGUUAAUUUUUUUUUAUAAGGUCACUAUUUAAAGCAUGAAUUUUCUAUUGUACAAAUGUUCACACAGUGCACUGGUAGGAUAGAACAAUCCUUCACAUGCUUGUUUUCUUUUACUUAAUUUUAAUAUGCAAAAAGUUAGAAGUCAUUCCAUUGAGGCUUUUUAAUAGCACUUGAAUACAGACUAGUUUUAGGUGCUACACUGCCAUGCGGUACAGGGCUUUUUAUCCUUAUUUAAAGGGAUGCUGUCAACUAUAUAUAUAUAUAUAUAUAUAUAUUAAAAAACCACACUGUAAAUAAACACAAUGCCUUACCUCUGUGAUCAGCACUGCUGUACUUAAUUAAAAGACUCCCUGUGAUGUCACAC